AUGUUAUCCGUUUUCUUCGAGUCGUCAUAUUCGUUACUGCAAGGAAUCGUCAAUAUGCUGCUUCUUAUUGGUGUUGGAACAAGUGUAACUUGCAUUCGAGCAUUCGAUGAAGAAGUGAAGUACAAAGUUAGGAUACGAAAAAGAGGACGUAAAGUACAUGUAAGGAAGCCGAGUGACAAGGAAAGAACUCUCAGAAAACAUGGCAGUACACCCGCUUGUAAAGCACAUUCGCCGAGUGAAUCCGGACCUAGUGCUUCAUCAUCAAGUUCAACGGUUCGUGCGAAAGAUUUGCAUCCAGCGUACAUUUCCGACGAAUCCUACUUUCGAGUGAGUGAACGCAUGAUGAAGCCAUACGCUUCAUCUGUUCCUGGUAUUCCGCGAAAGUUCGAAAUACGACCAGCGCAAGGAUUCGAGAACGGAAGAUUUCCUCCAGCUGCAGAGAAAGGUAAUUUCGCAAAAACCUAUGGUAACUGCAACUACGGUUACGAUUAUGGAAGAGAUUACAAACAAGCAAAGCAUUACGGUGGAUACGAACGGAAUAAGAACACAGCUGAAAACCCAUACGAAUUCGGCUACAACUACGAGGAGAACUACGAAGGUGGCAAACAGGAAAAAGAAAAUAAAGGCUACGAACAUUACGAUAAGACUGGUGGCCGGACGAAGGAGAAAAUCUUCGAAACAUUGCAGGUGCCGGAGCAUCCGGAGCACGGAGGUGAAAAGAUUACAGACGAAGGUGGCGACAUUUUAGGACCUACACGAACAAAACCAGUUGAGGCAUUGCCCGGAAUAGACACUAUCAUCGACAAUAUACACGAAAAGCACGGGAAAAAUCGCCAAAAACAACACCCUCGUGUGAUUCAGCAACCGAUUCAACAUCAAAAAAAGCAAGUAAUACCUCAAAGGAAAUUUGAUCGUGCACAUGAGCCGAAGAAAAAAAGAUCCAAAGUUCCAGUGCAAUCGUAUAAAAGGAAACAGCACAGAAAGAGAGGAGGUCACAGUAUGGAAGAAAGCGAUUCCUGA